AUGGUUGCCAUCAAGAACCUCGUCGCUGUGGCCCUUGCCGGCUUCACCAUCGCCGCCCCCCUCAACACCACGUUCACGUCCUCGAACUCGGCUGUCGCCGCCCCCGAGCCCGCCAAAAGCCGCAACUGCGACCACCCCCUUGGACGCAUGCUCAUGCGCGUCUUGACGGUACCCAGCGAAAAGAGGCGGGCGGCCAAAGACCGCUGGGUCCAAUGCCUCCGUAACGGCACGGGGCUGUCCAAGCACUCCAAGAAUAUCCCCGCCAACAGCACCAUUAUCACCGGUAACAUCAUCAAGUGCAUUGGGGAGUUCGCCAAGGCCUUGGAUCUGUUCGCCGAGGAGAAAGGCUGCCCGAUGCCCAAGAAGAAAGAGUGGAAGGGAAACGAGCCCAAGGCAAUGGAGACCAAGGCUCCGGCCAGGAAGCAGCGCCCGCUCUCCACACUCACAGUUGCCGUUGACUUCCUCUUCUGUCUCAAGGACACUAUGGAUAAUCGCAAGUGUAUCCAGGAGGCCCGGUGCAAAAUCGCCAAACUCGGAAAGGAGGAGGCCAGGCAGAAGACGACGCAAAAGGUAGAGCCGCGGGGCCUCGCCAUUGCCGACGACGACGACGACAACGACUUGCUCGUCGCGGACUACAUCGAGGGCCUCGCUCUUGACUCCGACAAUGCCGACGAGGUCAUGGACAGCAUGUUCGCGAUCUACCUUGAGGUUGGCACGGCCAUCCCCAAACUGGAGGAGGCUGUCCUGAAUGCCUCGGAGGUGAUGUCUUAG